AUGGCUGAGAGACAUGUCCACCAGGCGAGGGUAUACAAACACCCCGACCAUCUGUGGAUCUGGGGUAAGAACACGUACCUGGACGAGAACCAGCGCACCUGGCUGCCCAUCAUUAUUGAGAAUGGCUCGAAACGCCAAGUGCUCGUGCGCCAGGAAGAUGUGGAGAAGGGCGAGGCUAUGCGCCCCAGCGAGCUCAGCCCCCACCGGCUGCCCUUGAUGUGGCAGCUGUAUCCUAGAAACAGGUACCGGGAUUCAGACUCCAACUUCUGGCGAAUCGUCUACCAUGUGAAGAUUGACCAGCGAGAGGACCUAAUGUUGGAGCAGAUUCCGGAUCCCGAGUAG